AUGGCCUUUGUAGUUACGGUCCUAAUACCCUUCUUUAAGUUAGCUCUGGCUGAGCUGUACUGUGCUCUGUCUCCUGACCUGAAUGCAAUGUUACGGUCUCUGAUAAGGAGCCGCACUUCCCUUGUCAUCCAGGGUUUCUGUGUGUGUGUGUAUCAGAAGUGUUUGUGUGUUGAUGAUCAUCUUAACUUCACUCUUUAUCUCUGUGUUUGUAGUUUAUGUGGGUGUGAGGUGACAGAUGAAGGUUUUGGUGAUCUGGCUUCAGCUCUGAGAUCAAACCCUUCAUCACACUUAAGAGAGCUGAACCUGAGACAGAAUGAUCCAGGAGUCUCAGGAGUGAAGCAGAUCUCUGAUCUACUGAAAGAUCCACACUGCACACUGGAGACACUCAAUUUAUGUAACUGUCAGGUGACAGAUGAAGGUUUUUGUGAUCUGGCUUCAGCUCUGAGAUCAAAUCCUUCAUCACACUUAAGAGAGCUGAACCUGAGCGACAAUGAUCCAGGAGUCUCAGGAGUGAAGCAGAUCUCUGAUCUACUGAAAGAUCCACACUGCACACUGGAGACACUUGAUUUAUGUGGGUGUGAGGUGACAGAUGAAGGUUUUUGUGAUCUGGCUUCAGCUCUGAGAUCAAACCCUUCAUCACACUUAAGAGAGCUGCACCUGAGCGACAAUAAUCCAGGAGUCUCAGGAGUGAAGCAGAUCUCUGAUCUACUGAAAGAUCCAAAAUGUACACUGAAGACACUCGAUUUAUCUCACUGUAAGGUGACAGAUGAAGGUUUUUGUGAUCUGGCUUCAGCUCUGAGAUCAAACCCUUCAUCACACUUAAGAGAGCUGAACCUGAGCGGCAAUAAUCCAGGAGUCUCAGGAGUGAAGCAGAUCUCUGAUCUACUGAAAGAUCCACACUGCACACUGGAGACACUCGAUUUAUGUGCAUGUAAGGUGACAGAUGAAGGUUUUUGUGAUCUGGCUUCAGCUCUGAGAUCAAACCCUUCAUCACACUUAAGAGAGCUGAACCUGAGCCACAAUAAUCCAGGAGUCUCAGGAGUGAAGCAGAUCUCUGAUCUACUGAAAGAUCCACAAUGUACACUGAAGACACUCGAGACACCCGCUGCAUGUUUUCGUCAUAGAUAUGAAUACUUCACGAACGACAAAUAGAGCUGCCAUCU